UUGAACUGCUUUGCAGAUAGAAGCGGAGCAAUUGCACUGGAUGAGUUGGAAACAGCAAUUCGUAAUCUUGGCUUGGAACAAACCCGAGAUGAGCUUGAUAAGAUCAUAGACGAGGUGGAUCAACGCGGAAAUCAUCAAAUCGACUUCGAUGAGUUUUGCAUAGUCAUGAGAAGGUUAUACAUGAAGAAACGGAGCUGGAAUGAAGUUGUCAAGGAAUGUUUUAGCGUUUUCGAUAGAUCUGAGUCGAGUGUGAUCUCCAAGAAAGACUUCCAGUACAUCUUGAGAGAGCUGGGGGACAUCACAGACAAUCAAAUCAUCGAUGAAAUUUUCCUCGAGGCUGACGUUGAUGGAAAUGGUUUGAUAGACUACGACGAAUUUACUUACAUGGUGAAAAACUACAUGACCGAUGAUGAUAUCAACUGA